AAAGAACAAGAGAAGCGCUGCGUCAUCACGUCAUGUUGAAGGGAAAAAAUAAUGGCGGCUCUUGUAAUGGGAUGGGAUAGUGCAUGUAUGAGAUAAGUCUUCAAAACAUUUUUUUUGUGAUAAAUCUUUAUGGAAAAAAUUAAUCCGUUAGAAUAACCAAGGUGUCAACGUAACAAGUCAGAAUGGCUCACCGAUACCUCCGUUUGUCAAGAGGUGGCAGGAAUCUAUUCAAAAUGUUGCUGCCUCCAAACGUCAGAACAACUCACGUUAACGGUGCACGACUGGUCUCCAGCCAAGCAGACAGCCAGAUAGUACUUGAAAGGAGGACUCUGUUUGAACAUGUGUUAGGUGCCUAUCAAAGACUCUGCUCCAAACCACCAAAAGGAUUUGAAAAAUAUUUCCCCAAUGGUCCGAAGACUGCGCCGAAGAGCAGUGAAUCCAACCCAACCAGUGGAGAAGCCAAAGAGGCCAAGCCAACUACCAAUGCACAGAAGGCCACUGGUAGAUCUAGUGGAGGAGGAGGAGGUGGUGCCUCAGGCGGAGGAGGAAAAAGGGGAGGCAGGAAGGAUGAGUCCCAUUGGUAUAGCCGGCUACAAAAGGGUGACGUGCCAUGGGACGAUAAGGAGUUCCGUAUGUACUUCCUGAGUGGGGCUGCAUUUUGGACCAUGGUUACAUAUUUCUUUUUUUUACGGGAAGGCGGGAGAGAGGUCACUUGGAAAGACUUUGUCAAUAACUACCUCUCGAAAGACGUCGUUGACAGAUUGGAAGUAAUUAACAAGCGCUAUGUGAAAGUGGUAUUUACACCUGGAAAGACUCCAGUUGAUGGACAAUACGUGUGGUUCAACAUCGGCAGCGUGGACACGUUUGAGCGGAACCUAGAGACCGCUCAGUAUGAGAUGGGUAUCGAGGGGGAGAACCGUCUGCCAGUGGUGUACUCCGCUGAAAGCGAUGGGUCGUUCCUGCUCAGCAUGCUGCCCACCGUGCUCAUCAUCGGCUUCCUGCUCUUCAUGCUGCGACGGGGGCCAGCAGGAGCUGGCCGACCGGGCGGCCGGGGCAUGGGAGGACUAUUCAGUGUCAGCGAGACAACGGCCAAGGUGUUGCGCGAUGAGAUCGACGUGAAGUUCAAGGACGUGGCAGGCUGCGAGGAGGCCAAGCUGGAGAUCAUGGAGUUUGUCAACUUCCUCAAGAACCCCAAGCAGUACCAGGACCUGGGCGCCAAGAUCCCCAAGGGGGCCAUCCUGACGGGACCGCCUGGCACAGGGAAGACCCUGCUGGCCAAGGCCACUGCCGGAGAGGCCGACGUCCCCUUUAUCACCGUAAAUGGCUCAGAGUUCCUGGAGAUGUUUGUGGGCGUGGGCCCCGCCAGGGUUCGAGAUCUGUUUGUCAUGGCCCGUAAGAAUGCCCCUUGUAUCCUCUUCAUUGACGAGAUUGACGCAGUAGGGCGCAAGCGAGGCAGAGGGAACUUUGGUGGCCAGAGCGAGCAGGAAAACACCCUCAAUCAGCUGCUGGUCGAGAUGGAUGGGUUCAACACGGCAACCAAUGUAGUAGUGCUAGCAGGUACUAAUAGACCUGACAUCCUGGACCCUGCACUGAUGAGGCCCGGACGCUUUGACAGACAGAUUUACAUUGGUCAUCCGGACAUUAAAGGCCGAUCGUCCAUAUUUAAAGUGCACUUGAGGCCUUUGAAAAUGGAUGCAGAGAUGGACAAAGAAGCUCUCGCCAGGAAAAUGGCUGCCCUCACCCCAGGCUUCUCAGGAGCUGAUAUUGCCAAUGUGUGCAAUGAAGCCGCGCUGAUUGCUGCUCGCCACCUCGCGGACUCGAUCAACCAGAAGCACUUUGAGCAGGCCAUCGAACGUGUGAUCGGAGGUCUGGAGAAGAAGACUCAGGUCCUGCAACCUGAGGAGAAAAAGACUGUAGCUUACCACGAGGCAGGGCACGCUGUGGCAGGCUGGUACCUGGAGCACGCUGACCCUCUGCUCAAGGUAUCUAUCAUCCCCAGAGGCAAAGGGUUAGGCUAUGCCCAGUACCUACCAAAGGAGCAGUACCUAUACACCAAGGAGCAGCUGCUGGACAGGAUGUGCAUGACGCUGGGUGGCCGCGUGUCUGAGGAGAUCUUCUUCGGUCGCAUCACCACGGGGGCCCAGGACGACCUCCGUAAGGUCACCCAGAGUGCAUACGCCCAGAUCGUGCAGUUUGGCAUGAAUGACAAGGUGGGACAGGUGUCCUUCGACUUGCCCCGGCAGGGCGAGAUGACCCUUGAGAAGCCCUACAGCGAGGCCACGGCGCGCCUCAUCGACACGGAGGUACGCAAUCUCAUCCGAGAGGCGUACGAGCGUACCCACACCCUACUGGCUGAGAAGAAAGGCGAUGUGGAGAAGGUGGCGCAGCGUCUGCUAGAGAAGGAGGUGCUGGACAAGAAGGACAUGGUGGAGCUCCUGGGGCUGCGGCCGUUCGCUGAGAAGUCCACCUACGAGGAGUUUGUGGAGGGCACGGGGGGCAUGGAUGAGGACACAUCCCUGCCUGAGGGCCUCAAGGACUGGAACAAGGAGCGAGACAAGGAGGAAAGCACAGAGGAACAGGUGGCCCGACAGAUCUCCGGAGGGAUGCCCUUCUAAACGGGGACUGCUUAGCCUCACCGAUGGUCGUUUUUAGUAUGAGGCUGUACUGAGAUUAGAACAGGUUGGUGGAAGGAUGUCAGUAAAACCCCACCUAAACGUUACCUGACUGAACCAUGCCCAGGAUCCCUCUGAUUGGUCAGUUGUAUCCUUUGCAAUGGUCUGGGGGUGUAUUCAGCAAGAUGAAACAUUCUGAAUGUUGCAGAUAAAAAUGUCAUACAGGAGUUAAAAGUUCUGUCAUGGUUAGAGUAUAAACAAAAUAUAUCAAAUUUUGUUGAGGGGGGGGGGUUAUUAUUUUGGAUAAAGAAGACACUAGGCCACACAUCUAAAACUAAAAACGAUGUAGAAAAUAUAAUAGACCAAUUUUUAUUUUAUUUUAUAUAACUUACCUGUUUCUGGCCCUCAAAAUGGAUUUUGACAAACAAAUCGGUCAUAAUAAAAAUAAAUCUGAGCCAAAAAGUUUUGCCGCCAAAUCUUGUGUGUGAUUUAACCUGUCAUUAAUAAAGCUAUGUAUUCCCUAUUCAACAUGGAGGAAUAAGCAUAUCUGUUCACCACCAGAAUAUUUGAGCAGUUGGAAAUCCCACUCAUCGCUCACAGAGCGGGGUCACCACUCUGGCGAUCAUUAUACGUUCCCCCGCUCCACCCAAAAACAAAUUGCCGCUCCAAAUUCGCUGCAUUUGUUUUAGUUUAAAACAAUAUUUUAAGUUAUACCCCAUCUACUUUUGUGACUAUGUACCAUUUUUGUUUUGAAGUAGGCGUCAAGAAGCUUCAACAUUUCAACAACGUGGCAAAGGCUACUGAAUAAGGACUGACCUGAUGAUAUGUGACCACUGUGUUAAAAAAAUGUGUUUCUCUCAUCUCUUGAUGGUCAGGUAGGCUACUUCAGUUGUAACUGUGGCUCUGUAGUGCUCACAUUUUACAAUUGAUGGACAACUUUUAACACUUAAAUGGAUAUCUAAACGUCUCUGUUGCUGCUACGUGAGCUCAUUCGUUGUCUUGCCAUCAAUUACACAGGCUGUGAACUAUUUCUUAGUCGACUCAUAUCAACAUCUCCGAGGAUUAGUAGUGGAGGGAGGCUAAAUAAAUACACAAGAAUAGGCCUAAUUUAAAAUAACAGUGGUGAAGGACAUUUUUUAAAUGUUGCCCAGAGCUCGUGGCUGAGCGGUACCAGAGCAAAAUUGGGGAGAAUUGUAGCUUGAGGUUGUUUCCUGGUUUGGACAAGAGGAUUGUACAUGAGAUGUCAAAGCCAAGGUUGCUGUAUAGAUUUUGAGUAGAUGACAAAAUGACUGAAAUACUCCAGUAGUAACAUGAAAUGUAGAAGAACAAAUUAUGUUCAGGAAAUAAAGAAAUGAUGCUUGCACACCCCCCCCCCCCCCCAUUAAUCUUUACUUCUGUGAAGUGGAGUCAAACUCAAACUGAUUGAAAUAUGUGAAGAUUCAUGUCUAUUCACUUUAAUCCAUCCAAACUGAUCAGGGCGAUGGGUGAGUGAUUGUAAAAACAUGCAACUGAAACCAAGGUUAGAACAGGAAAAUGAAAAAGUAAACGCACUGAAUGAAGACGACACUGCAGAAAGAUGCCGCAUACACACACACACACACACACGGCAUACUGUACACACUGGGGGGAAACAAACAGUUAUGCAUCACUGAGACCUGCCAACCUGCACGCAUUUUGCGUACCAUGCACGCAAUCUGAGGUAGAAGUACGCUGGUUUGAAAAUUAACCCUAACAUAUGCUUCUAGUUGGUUGGCACAAUUUUUUUUAUAAAAAAAAUAAAAAAUGUAUGUUAGCAAAUGAAAUGCAGAAAUAUCUAAUGACCUAUUCACACCCCUGAGUCAAUACAUGUUAGAAUCCCCUUGGGCAGUGAUUAAAUCGUCGUUGAGACCACCUCCAUUUAAUUUAGGAUCAAACGAUGUUGGGUACAUUGUUUGAUAUAAUUUAAGACUCUUAAGUUUCAGGGGGAAGUUGACUGCCCCCUCCCGGACCCCCUCUCCACCCAACCUUAGGCCUACAGCAGCACCACAUUGUCAGAAAAUCCUAGGGAGAGCAUGAUUGUACAUUUUGAAACGUAUUUCUAGUUAGCUACUGAAGAGCAGCCAAUUACCAUGUACUCAAAAAAGGUCUGUAGCAUACCAUUCCUACUGAGGCAGUCUUCUGCAAAACAAUCACAGGGGUGUCGCAUGUGCGCUGUUGUGGGGUCUACAAGGCCGCCGGGGGUGCUACCGCUGCGCUGGAGUGGUACUCCUACAAAUGAAGGUUGGCAGGUCUGCAUCACAUCAUACGUACCUGCUUGUAAUCAUCAAAUGUAAAAAACAAUAUUCAGAGCUUUAAAAGUAAUACAAAUAUUGCUGAACACUUCUCCAGCAAUGUUCAUGAACGCCAAAAGCUAUCCAUAUUUAUGCCACCACAGUGCAAUGCUACAUAGUCGUGUCUGUCGUUCUGUUUUUGUUGUUAUUGGUGUGUGCCGUUGGACAUACGGAAUAUUAUCAAUGAUCAGCCAAGACAGCCUUUGUUAUUGUCGCUCAAACUCUCACUGUAAGGGUUAUCUAAUGUGUACAUUUUGUAUUUUGCUCUAUUGUUUAAAAAAAAGAAGUUUGAUGCAAGUGUGAACAUGACAAUUUAUAUACUGAUCAAAAGUAUAAAUGCAACAUGUAAAGUGUUGGUCCCAUGAUUCAUGAGCUGAAAUAAAAGAUCCCAGAAAGGUUC